AUAAAAGACCUGCAGGGCUGCCCUAUACCAAUUGAUGAACUUUUGAUGUCACGGGAGGAGGCCCAAAAGCCCAUGAGUGUCACCAGCCAAACCCCUGAGUCUGAAACAAAGAACUUUGCAGCCCCUAUUGAGCUCUGCUUAUUGCACGAUCAGCUAGUGAUGGAAUUUCGCCAUGAUCUGUUCCUGGCAAAGCAAGAAAUCAUCAGAGGUUAG